AUGAGGGUAAUAGAAGUGGUCAUUGACGGCUUCAAGUCGUACGCUGUGCGUACGGUCAUCUCGGGAUGGGAUGAGAGUUUUAACUCGAUUACCGGCCUCAACGGCAGUGGUAAAUCGAAUAUUUUGGAUGCAAUCUGCUUUGUCCUUGGCAUCACCAAUAUGACGACAGUGCGAGCACAAAACCUUCAGGAUCUCAUCUACAAGCGCGGCCAGGCUGGCGUCACAAAAGCGAGCGUGACAAUUGUUUUCGACAACCGAGACACGAAGAAGUCCCCAAUCGGCUUCGAAGAAUAUGCGUCCAUCAGCGUUACCCGACAAAUCGUUCUUGGCGGCACUUCGAAAUAUCUGAUCAAUGGCCAUCGAGCCCAGCAGCAGACAGUUCAAAAUCUGUUCCAGUCUGUCCAACUGAAUAUCAACAACCCGAACUUCCUGAUCAUGCAGGGACGUAUUACAAAGGUCCUCAAUAUGAAGGCUGUUGAGAUUCUUGCCAUGAUUGAAGAAGCAGCAGGAACGCGUAUGUUCGAGGAUCGUCGAGACAAGGCUUUAAAGACCAUGGCCAAGAAGGAGGUCAAGCUUCAGGAACUGAGAGAGCUUCUCAAAGACGAAAUCGAGCCCAAGCUUGAGAAGCUUCGUACUGAAAAACGAGCUUUCCUCGACUACCAGCAGACACAAAACGACCUUGAGCGACUCACUCGAGUAGUUGUUGCUUACGACUACGUCAAAUGUCAAGAAAAGCUCCGCCAGACUGCUGCUGACUUGGAAGGCAAAAAGCAGCGCCAUAUCGGACUUGGAGAAUCGGCCAAACGACUAAGAAGUGAGCUGUCUCACCUGGAGGAGGAUGUGAAAAAAAUCCAAGCUCAGCGAGACAAGGAGGCCAAAAAGGGCAGCAAGGCUCAAGCGCUGGAGGAGAAAGUCAAGAAGCAUGCGAAUGAACUAGUCCGACUGGCUACAAUCAUGGAUCUGAAAUCCUCGAGCCUAGCAGAAGAGAAGGAGAAGAAGCUUGCACUUGAAAAGACGGUCGCCGAACUUGAGUCCACACUAGAAGAGAAGACUUCUACAUUCAACACCGCAAAGGCACAUUGUGAUGCCGAGAAGGAGGGCCUCGCCAAGCAAGCUGAAGAGGUCGAGUCGAAGGAAGAGCUGCUGCAAACUCUCCAAACCGGUGUGGCUUCCAAGGACGGCCAGGAAAAUGGCUAUCAAGGCCAACUUCAAGAUGCAAAGAGUCGUGCGAAUGCGGCUGCCACUGCGCAAGAACAAUCCAAAAUCAAGAUUGCCCACCUGCAGAGCAGAGUGAAAGAAGAAGAGCCACGCGCCAAAAAAGCCAGGGAGCAAAAUGCUGACUUGCUCCGCGACCUCGACGGGCUGAAGGCACAAGAACAAAGGCUCGAGAAGGAGCUGUCCAAGCUUGGAUUUGAGCCCGGUCAAGAGGAGCAAAUGUAUGAACAGCAAUCCACCCUACAACAGACUAUUCGUGGCCUUCGUCAAGAGUCGGACAAGCUAAAGAGGAAAGUUGCCAACUUUGACUUCAAUUAUGCCGAUCCAGUGCCCAAUUUUGAUCGUUCAAAGGUCAAGGGCCUGGUUGCGCAGCUUUUUACCCUCGACAAAAAUCAUACCAAAGCAGGCACUGCACUGGAAAUUUGUGCUGGUGGUCGUCUUUACAAUGUGGUUGUCGAUUCUGAGGUAACUGGCACGCAGCUUUUGCAAAAGGGUAAACUGAGGAAGCGCGUUACCAUUAUUCCUCUCAACAAGAUUUCUGCAUUCAAAGCGUCAGCUCAGACGAUUGCGACGGCUCAAAACAUUGCCCCGGGCAAAGUGGAUCUGGCGUUGUCUUUGGUCGGAUAUGACGAUGAGGUUUCCUCUGCUAUGGAGUACGUAUUCGGAAAUACUCUUGUCUGUGACGAUGCAGAGACUGCUAAACGUGUGACGUUUGAUCCAAGCGUCAAGAUGCGCAGCAUUACCCUCGAGGGAGACUCUUACGAUCCGUCGGGAACUCUGUCGGGCGGCAGUGCCCCAACGUCCAGCGGAGUUCUCGUCACAUUGCAACAACUCAACAGCUUAACUCGUGAGCUCAACGAAGCUGAGAGCUCUCUUAAGCAGCUCCAGUCCAAAAUGGCCAAGGAGAAGUCCAAGCUCGACCAGGCUCGGCGCAUCAAGCAAGAUCUGGACUUGAAGAGGCACGAAAUCAAGCUAGGUGAAGAGCAAAUCAGCGGAAACUCUUCCUCGUCGAUCAUCCAGGAGGUUGAAAACAUGAAGACGACAAUCGCCGAGCUUAAAGAGAGCAUAGUCGAAGCAAAAGCCCGCCAAGCCGAAGCCAAUGCCGAUGUCAAGCGCAUCGAGAAGGACAUGAAAGAUUUUGACAACAACAAGGACGGGAAGCUGAUUGAGCUUCAAAAGUCGGUCGAUAGGCUUCGCGCUGAUCUUCAGAAAAAUACAGGAGCUGUCAAGGCACUACAGAAGCGUCUACAGGGUGCACAGCUUGACUUGGAACAAGUGAACACUGAUCUCACGGCGUCUCGUGAGCAGCUUCAGGAAGUAGGCUACAAUAUCAAGACGCAAGAGAAUGACAUGCAAGAGGUCUCUAAGCAGCAAGAUCAACUGAAGAAGACACAUGAAUCUAUGCAAGCUGAUCUGGAUGACGAACGCGCCAAAUUGAAUCAAUUCGAUGAUGAGCUGCGUGCGCUUGACGAAGCUACACGUUCAAAGAAUGCCCGAAUUGCGGAGGAGGGCCUGGAGAUGCAGAAAUUGGGCCAUCAAAUCGAAAAGUUCAACAAGGAGCAGCAAACUGCAGCUGAGAGUGUCUCUCGACUGGAAGCUGAUCAUGAUUGGAUUCACGAUGAGCAAGAUAAGUUUGGUCGCGGCGGCACACCAUACGACUUUAAGGGCCAAAACAUUGCCGAGUGCAAGUCAACUCUUCGCAACUUGACGGAGCGUUCGCAAGGCAUGAAGAAGAAGAUUAAUCCAAAGGUCAUGAACAUGAUCGACAGUGUGGAGAAGAAGGAGGUAUCUCUCAAGAACAUGAUCAAGACGGUUAUUCGCGAUAAGCGGAAGAUUGAAGAAACUAUUUUCAGUCUUGAUGACUAUAAGAAGAAAGCUCUACGGGAGACGUGGGAAAAGGUGAAUGGCGAUUUUGGCCAAAUCUUUUCCGAGCUGCUUCCCGGUGGCAGUUUCGCCAAACUUGAUCCUCCCGAGGGCAAGACGAUUGGCGACGGUCUGGAAGUCAAGGUCUGCCUCGGCAAGGUGUGGAAGCAGAGUCUCACGGAGCUAAGUGGUGGUCAACGGUCUUUGGUUGCUUUGUCCCUGAUCAUGGCAUUGUUGCAGUUCAAGCCAGCUCCCAUGUACAUUCUGGAUGAAGUCGACGCCGCGCUGGAUCUGUCGCAUACGCAAAACAUUGGACGUCUCAUCAAGACGCGCUUCAAAGGCUCGCAGUUUAUUGUCGUCAGUCUCAAAGAUGGCAUGUUCCAGAAUGCCAAUCGCAUUUUCCGAACGCGCUUCAGCGAGGGCACCAGUAUGGUGCAAGCCCUGACGCCAGCCGACUUGAAGUAG